ACCCCACGAACCCCUUGCCCUCCACAGUAAUCCUGCCGUUCGCCUGAAUCCCCAUGCAUGCUUAAACAAAACUACCGAACGGCCGGUCGUUCGGUAGUUUCAGCACGAACUUACGAGCUCCUGGAGGUCUCAGCGGCGUUCGCCUGUUUGCGUAUCCGUUUUUAGUUCCAUGCGUUCACAGGCAAACACCGCCGUUCGUGCGUAAGAUGGCCGCGAACACGUGUAAAGUCCCGAAAUGGCGGCCACCUAUUCUCAGACAAAGGGAUUCGUCUGAACCAUGCGAACGGCUCCACAAUCGCUGGGAGGUAAGAUAGUAAUUAACUGUUCCCCUGGGUGGUCUGAUGUUCGGUAUUUUGGGUAGCAAUAGUUGUACGAACACCAGUCAUUCGGUUCUGUUUAAACUCCCCAGCAGCACUGUAGAUUAAGUUCAGGCAAAACAGUACAGGGUUCUGUUACACUGCUCCCCUUUUGUGGAACACUCCGGCAGACCCGGAUUGAUCCUUUUCGGGUCGACUUGGGGCUGUCCGGUCUUAGUCAAGGUAAAAGUUCUGUUUGCCUGGACAGUCCGUCUGCAUUCCCAUUAAACCGGCCAGGGCGAUACUGAAUGGAGAAGUUGUAUGGUUGUAGUGCCAAGCUCCAUCUUAGUAAUCGUCCAUUGUCCCCAGCCACUCAGUUCAGCCAGACUAGGGGGUUAUGAUCUGUGAUCAGCGUGAAUUCUUGGCCGUAGAGGUAUGGGGUGAGCUUCUUUAGGGCCCAAACCAGGGCUAGACACUCCUUUUCCACUGCCGCGUAACUCACUUCCCGAGGUAAUAGUUUCCUACUCAGGUACGCGACAGGGUGUUCCCCUCCAUCUUCCCCGACCUGGCUCAGAACUGCCCCCAGUCCGUACAUGGACGCAUCUGUAUGGACAACAAAUCUUUUGUUAGGGACGGGGGCAGACAAAACCGGUGCGUUGAUCAGGGCUUGCUUCAGGGUUUGGAAUGCUGUUUCGCAGGCGGGAGACCACAGGACUACUCUUGGCAAAUUUUUCUUUGUCAAAUCGGUCAGGGGUUUGGCGAUGGUGCUGUAGUCAGGGACAAAUUUCCUGUAAUAUCCUGCUGUCCCUAAGAAUGCCAGUACUUGGGUCUUGGUGUGGGGUGUGGGCCAGUUGGCUACAGCCUCUACCUUUGCGGGUUCUGGUCGCUGUUUCCCACACCCUACCCUGUGUCCCAAGUACUGUACUUCGGCCAUUCCGAAAUUACACUUCUCUGGUUUCAGAGUUAGGCCUGCGGCCCUAAUCUGAUCCAGCACAGCCUCUACAUGUCUCAAAUGUUCUUCCCAAGUCUCACUAUAGAUCGCAAUGUCAUCCAGGUAUGCGCAUGCGAAUUCCUGGAAGCCAUCAAGGAGGCGAUCCACUAAGCGCUGAAAUGUAGCUGGGGCGUUCUUCAUCCCGAAUGGCAUGACCUUAAAUUGGUACAAGCCAAAUGGGGUGACAAACGCCGACUUAGGGAUAGCGUCCUUGGCCAGGGGGAUCUGCCAGUACCCUUUGCACAGAUCGAUGGUGGUCAGAUAGCGUCCCCUGGCAAUACGAUCUAAUAGUUCGUCUACCCGGGGCAUGGGGUAGGCGUCUGUCACGGUCCUAUCAUUGAGGCGUCGAUAAUCGACACAGAAUCUGGUCGUCCCGUCCUUUUUGGGGACUAGGACAACUGGGGAGGCCCAGGGGCUGUCGGACGGUUCUAUGACUCUAAGUCUUAGCAUCUCCUGAAUCUCCUUUCUCAUUUCCUCCUUUACAGCCUCAGGGAUUCUAUAGGGAGUCUGUCUAAGUGGGGUCUGUCCUGGUGUCUCCACAUAAUGUGUCGCUAAGGGUGUGUAACCUGGCUCCUGAGAGAAUGUCAAUCCUUUCUCAGUUAGCAAUUGUUGGAGUUGCUCCCUUUCCGUGGGAGUUAACCGCUCCCCCAGCUGUACUGUAUUAAGCAGAGUUUUAGGCUCGGAGUCUGCUAACAGAUCCGGGAUGGGGAGACUGUCAGGGUCUUCAGUGGCCGGGAUACAUAUGGCCGCUAUAUCUUCGGGCCUUUCUUGGUACUCUUUUAACAAAUUGACAUGAAAGGACUUCUGGACCCUUUCGUCUUGGCUACUGGCAAUUACAUAGGUGGUGUCACAUAUCUGGGCCACUACCUUGUAAGGGCCUUGCCAGGAGGUCUGUAGCUUGUUUCCCUUGACCGGUCUAAGUACCAGAACCUCCUGACCUACUUGGAACGUUCUCAGCCGGGCGCCCCGAUCGUACCAGUGUUUCUGACGGCCCUGGGCUGCCUGGAGAUGUUCUCGGGCCAUUCUGGCUAGGUGCCCCAUGCGGUCCCGCAUCUCCAGUACAUAAGGUACGAUAGGAACGCCCUCAUGCUCCAUCUCUCCCUCCCAGUGCUCUCGGAUGAGGUCGAGGGGGCCUCGCACUCGCCGUCCAUAGAGCAGCUCGAAGGGAGAGAACCCUGUGGAUUCCUGGGGCACCUCUCGAUAUGCAAACAAGAGGUGCGGCAAGAAUCGCUCCCAGUCUCUGUAUUCCGCUGUAAAGGUCCGCAGCAAUUGCUUUAGGGUACCAUUAAAGCGCUCACAGAGACCGUUAGUCUGGGGGUGGUACGGGGAACUGAGCAGGGUCUUGACACCACAGACCUUCCACAACUGUUGUGUUAGGUCUGCGGUGAACUGGGUCCCUCGGUCGGAUAGGAUUUCCUGAGGGAAUCCCACUCUGGUGAAUAUCCCAACUAGGGCACUGGCGACAGUGUCAGCCUGGAUAUUCGUCAGAGCGACAGCCUCUGGGUAGCGGGUAGCAUAGUCCACUACUGUAAGAAUAUACUUCUUACCCGAGGGACUGGGGUUAGGUAGGGGUCCCACUAGAUCGACUGCCACCCGGCUAAACGGUUCCUCAAUCACGGGCAUGGGUGACAGUCGAGCUUUAGGGUGGUCCCCUCUCUUUCCUACUCGUUGGCAUGUAUCACAGGUACUGCAGUAACGCCGCACGUCCUUUGAGAUCCCAGGCCAGAAAAAGGUCUGUGUGAUCCUGUAGGCGGUGCGGUUACCCCCUAAGUGUCCUGCCAACGGAAUGCCAUGUCCAAUUCUGAGAAGUUCCAACCGGUACUUUCUGGGUACCACUAGUUGGCGCUUCUGCGAAGGGAUACAGCCUCUCCUCCUACCUUGUGUCAACCGGUAUAAUCUGUCACCUUCCCAUAUAAAACGUUCCCGCUCAUCCCCCCCACUGUCGGCUAAUUCCCGAUACUUUUGGAGAGUGGAGUCCUGUCUAGUCUCCCUCCCAAACUCCUCUGGGGUGUCCCAAGCUAUGGGUCUUUCUACUGUGUUAGGGCUGAAUGCCUGUUUGUGGCUUACCUGGGUCUCCCGGUCUGCUGGAGAAUCGUCUUCGAUACGGGUCUGUGAGCGGGUGGUCACGGGACAGGCAGCAGCAGUCGUGGGUAGAUAAGCUGAAGCCAGAGGGCCAAUGUCGUUGCCCAACACGACUUCAGCAGGUAAAUUGUCCAUGAUCCCUACUGUGGUCUUUCCCGACCCGACUCCCCAAUCCAAGUGUACCCGGGCAGUGGGUAAACGAAAAACAGCCCCCCCAGCGACACGGACAGCAACAGUGCGUGUAGAUACAUGCUCCGGUUUCACAAGAUGUUUCUGUACCAAAGUGUCCCUUAGGCCUUGUGCCACCUGCCCAUUUACACGCACCUCCUGGCGGUGAUGCUGGCGGUUAUCUGGGGAUGCAGCUUGUAUGGGGUUUGCCUCGUAUAGGAUGCCCAAACACUCCUCAGGGCUCCCUUCUGUUUCCAGGCAGUGAGCAGCAGAGGUGCGUGAUGAAGGGGUCUCUGUGUUAUUGGUUGAUCGCCUCCAGUUGUUAUUGGCUGAUCCCAAGGGGCAAUAACGAGCAAUAUGUCCCGUGUUGCCGCAGCGAUGGCACGUAAUUUUGUAAGCAUCCCGGGGUUGGUUGUUAGACCCCUGAGGACGUGGGGGUCCUGGGGGUACUGGGGCCCGAAAUUCUGUGCGUGCAGCGGGCGUUGGGGUGCGUGGCUCUGCCCUAGAGGUUGGUCGUGUGGACCCUUGGCUCACCUUUCUCGACUCUGCGUAUUCGUCCGCUAGCCGCGCUGCCUCGAUUAAGUUAGUAGGGCGACGAUCUCUCACCCAAUCCUGUAUGUCUGCUGCCAGAUCUUGGAAGAAAUGUUCCAUUAGGAAUAGCUGUAGUACUUCCUCUCCGGUGUUGGCAUUGCACCCUCGUACCCAAUGUGAUGCCACCCUUUGUAUCUUGUUUGCCCAUUCCAUGUGGGAGUCUGCAGCCUUCUUUUUAGCCUCCCUGAAGCGACGGCGAUACGUUUCCGGGGUGACGGCAUAUCGGGUGAGCAGUGCAGCCUUCACCCGGCGAUAUUGUGCAAUAUCUUCCUCAGUAAGUGCCCGAAAAGCCUCAUUUGCCUUUCCUGAUAGCUUUCCGGCCAAAAUAGUGACCCAUUGGUCUAGUGGUACCUGGUGUAGGGAGCACUGCCUCUCAAAGUCAGCCAAAUACCCGUCAAUCUCUUCCUCACUUUCCACAAACGCUUUGAACGCAGUGAAGGGUAUUUUCUGUCCUGUAGCAGCGGGUGGGGGCAUAUGAACUGCAGGUGCAAUAGGUUGUCUAGCUCUUGCCAGUUCAAGUUCGUGCCCCCUCCUAUUUUGUAUCUCCGUUCUCGCUUCCCGGAACAGCUGAUCUAUUAGUUCCACGGAUGUCGCUGGGUACAUGGAUAAUCUCCGCUGAACAAGAUUUGUAAUUUCCUCCUCCUCGCUGACAGGGUUAGGUUGGUCUGCGACCUCCAUGGAUCGAUCCAUCUCGUCCAGCUCCAGUAGGUCAGCUAUCAGCUCUCUCCGUGGUCGGUUGCUGGCACUCCUUCCUCUGGUUUCCAAUAGAUCCUUUAGUGUGGGUCUUUUCAGCUUGGCGUACUGGGAUUCCAUUCAGCACUUGCUUUGGGGAUGAAAAGGACCAUCCCACCGCUACCACCAAUGUAACGGCUACCCAGCUGUAGAGGGGUAUCGGCCGUUGGAGAUGUCCUUUUCUGUGCAAGCUGCUGUGUAGUAAUAGAGUCCUUGCUCCCAUCCACGAUAUCCCAGGGUAUAAUCCGGCAGUACUGAAAAAUGAGGCAGAGUAGUGGCACCAUAAAUCCCCUCCAAGAACGAGACGAGGCUACGUUUUGAAGGGUCAAGUAGAACUGAGGUCUGGGAGAACCAGCCUGCUUUUUAUUAGGAACAAGUACACACAGGACACUCCCAGGGGGAGGAUGAAAAUAACCAAUUACACACAGGGUAACACCCCCACGUCUCCUCCCCUCAGAUAAACACAUAACAUAAUUAUAACGUACAUAAAUUUACCCACAUUCUGGAUGUACCCCAAAAACAGGGGGUACACCUUUAAUCCCCAUGCAUGCUUAAACAAAACUACCGAACGGCCGGUCGUUCGGUAGUUUCAGCACGAACUUACGAGCUCCUGGAGGUCUCAGCGGUGUUCGCCUGUUUGCGUAUCCGUUUUUAGUUCCAUGCGUUCACAGGCAAACACCGCCGUUCGUGCGUAAGAUGGCCGCGAACACGUGUAAAGUCCCGAAAUGGUGGCCACCUAUUCUCAGACAAAGGGAUUCGUCUGAACCAUGCGAACGGCUCCACAAUCGCUGGGAGGUAAGAUAGUAAUUAACUGUUCCCCUGGGUGGUCUGAUGUUCGGUAUUUUGGGUAGCAAUAGUUGUACGAACACCAGUCAUUCGGUUCUGUUUAAACUCCCCAGCAGCACUGUAGAUUAAGUUCAGGCAAAACAGUACAGGGUUCUGUUACACCCGCGAGUAAGGGAGCCUACCACUCACCCAUCCCCCCCGCAUCCCCCAUGGUUAGGGGAACACCAAGCACGAGCCUCACUAUCUUCCAAAUCCAGUGUAGGCAACAAUUGCUCACCGCCCCACUCACGCACUGCUAGAUGCCCACUCAGGUACGUAUAGGCUCCCAACAAUCCUAACACUAAAGCGACACAUUAUUAACAGGGCGGCUACUCAAAACCCCUACAUGCCAUAGGGCCCACUCCUCACCACCCAGGGUCUUCACAGCCCCAAAGAACACCAAAGAUCCCAAUCGGAUCUCUCCAGUAGGAUCUCCGGCACAAGAUCUAGUAGCUACUAAGAUGCAAAAUGCCCAGCGACACACCUUAACACUAAAGGUACAUAGCAAGUACCAGAGAUACAGCUCACAGCCCGCGUCAGGUAAUACUGCACUAA